AUACAGUAACCCAGUAAUAUUGUUGCUAACAAUUUUAUAACGCCUCGGUAGAUAAAAACUGAUAAAGACAAUAAUGAAAAUGUAAAUUCUUAUUCGACAUUAUUUUGAACUUAAAGCAUUGCGUUUUAUUUGCGUUAAGUAGUAGUGCGAGGGUCUUCUUGAACUGGACACGAGCUAGAAAGGAAAAUGAAGUUAUUUCUAGAUUGCCUUGUAAUUCUUUUGCUAUACCCAGUGCUAAAUGAUGGAUUUAACAUCAACCAAGAUCCCUUUGAACGAGAUAUAUGCAAUCUUCAGGAAGAACUCGCCAAACUGUUUAAACUGAAUAAAUUCAAAUUAAUGAAUACUGACAAGUUAAAAAAAAUAUUGGACCAGUUCAACGUAACAAGUCCCGAGGACCGAUCAUUUAUAGCUGAUAAAACACUAUGCGGAACUUGCAUGCUUUUGGUAAAUCAAAUACAGCAGAAGAAAGUAACAGUAACAUACUUAGCACGAGCAGUCUGCAAAAUUUAUAUCGCUCUAGCAACACUCACUGUGUCUGAUUUUUGUGAGGACGUAAUCAGAAUACAUUUGCCGACAUUAGAAUAUAUUUUGAACAACAGUAAAAUAUUAGAUGCAGAAUUAGCUUGUUCUAUAAUAUUACAAAACCAACAAUGCUACUAUAGCAAGCCUGCAUUGAAAUGGAGAUUGAAGGUACCUUCAAAAUCCUUAAAGAAAAUCCCUCGGGUAAAUCGUAACGAAGACCGUAAGCAACUCAAAAUACUUCAUCUCACAGAUUUUCAUAUUACGCCAGAUUAUGAAGUAGGUGGAGUAGAAAACUGUGGAUACCCUUUGUGUUGUAAAAGAGAUGUAGGAAACCCGGUUUUUGGUGCAAAUGCCGGAUUGUGGGGAGAUUACAAUUGCGACGUUCCGCCAUGGCUUUUUGGAAGAACUAUGCUUCAUAUAAAUCAAACACAUAAGGAUAUAGAUUUGGUAUAUUUUACUGGAGAUAUAAUAGAUCAUACCAUAUGGAAGGCGUCUAUUAAUGAUAAUUCUAAUCUCAUUUACAUUACUUUUAAAACUUUAUUCGAAACUUUUCCAAAUAAACCAGUGUUGUCAGCAAUUGGCAACCAUGAAACUGCACCCUUAAAUGUUUUUCCUCCUUCUGAGGACGGCAUUGAAAAGGCUGGUUUGUCUGCCCAAUGGUUGUACACGUUACUCUCAAAAUUAUGGAGCAGCUGGUUGUCCAAAGAAUCUCUGAAAACAGUAGAGAAGCAAGGCUAUUAUUCUUACGUGGUUAAUAAGAAAUUCAGAAUUAUCGCCUUGAAUAAUAAUAUAUGCUGUAACUUAAACUGGUGGCUUCUUUAUAAUACAACAUAUUUAAAUGAACAACUCCACUUUUUAAGUACAGAACUGGAAAAAGCUGAGAAAAAUGAGCAAUUCGUACACAUCAUAACUCAUAUACCCGUUGGGAAUAAAGAGUGCAUUGAACCAUGGGAAGUUAGCUACAACAAUUUAAUCAAAAGAUUUUCACAUAUUAUUAAAGGUCAAUUUUAUGGACAUACACAUACAGAUGAACUAAAAAUUUUCUACGAUGAAAAGCAUAUUCCAAUAAAUGUUGGAUACAACGGAGCUAGUUUGACUCCUUAUCAAAAAUACAAUCCAAAUUAUAAAAUUAUAACUGUAGAUCCCUAUUCUUACGAUGUCUUAGACGUUGAUACCUACUAUUUUAAUCUAACGGAAGCCAACAAACAUCCCAAUCGCACUCCCCGAUGGUUAAAGUUGUAUUCUAUGAAAAAUGCAUAUGGCUUAAAUAAUCUGUCUCCAAAAGACAUUAACAAAGCAGCAACAAGUGUAUCAACAAAUAACGCAUCGUUUAAUCAAUACUGGAGGUUUUAUGUUCGAGAUGGCGAUGCUUCUCUGAAGGAUGGAUGCGAUGAAAAGUGUAAAAAUGAAGUUAUUUGUAAAAUUUUUACUACUGUAUCCCUUAAUUCGGAAAAAGCAGGAUGUACAUAAUA